UUAGACGACCCACGACCUAUCCCAAUUAUACCGAGUCACUGAGUGUGGACGAGGCUUUUUAUGUUGUUGCAAUUUUGUGUUUGUAGUUCGUUCGUAGACAUUAAACAAUCGAAUGAUAGCUUUUUCCUUCAGUUUUUUCUUAUGAUAUGCAUUAUGCUGAGGAUAACGUCUAGGUUUACAUCCUUCAAACAACAUCAUACCCUUUCGGUAAUAUCCUCUUUUUUUUUAAAUAAAAGAAAAUAAGAUAUGGUAACUGAGGGCCUGUCUAUUAAGGCAUGCUCAAAUAUACUCUAAUCAUCUCUAUCACAGCAAGUGAGUAACAAAAUUGGCUCAACUAAUUAAACUAUGGGUAAAUUGGUCAUCACACUGUCAAUAAGAACUUAGCUCUACUGACAUUUAUAUAUAUUUAAAAUCAAGUGAUCCAUGAUUUAAAUCCCUAUCUUCAACUUGUACUAUAUUUCAUAUCAUAUUUAGUGAUCCCUAUAGUACAUAGGGAAGGGACAUUUCCAUAAAUAAAUCAUAAAAAAUAAGAAAAACACACACACAUAGGGAAAGGACAUUAAGAUUGGGUUCAGCGGGCCGAUCAGUCAAAUGGGCCUAUCAUCCAAAUGGGCCGAUCAGCCAAGUGGGCCCAUAUUGAAUGAAAUUAGGUCAGUAAGAUGGUUUCAUUUGCUUUGCUCCCCGUGGGUGUGUGACGCGUGCGGUUGCGUUGCAAUGGCGUUAGGUUUUCGGCGGUCAUUCAAAAUCACUGUUCAUGCCAAGAUCUGUAACCUAUAUAUCAAGCUUAAGGCCACUCUGAAACCCCCAUCCGGGAAACUCCAACGCCUCCUGAAGCUUGAUAAACUACUCAUCGGAGCGGAUUCCAAAUCCGAAUCUUGGAUCCUCGUUCAACGCCGACGGACUUUGAAAUCUCGAAUGCUCAGCUUCGUCAAGAAGCAUUUGGGGUGUGGCCGGUCCAAAAUGCCCCACGCUGAAUCUGAAAAUCAAUCUUGGGAUGUUGGCCGUAUGGAACUAAGGUGUGUGGCUUUUUUUGGCGUUGGAUUGGGUUAUCUGCUUGCACUCAACACACACAUUGGCCUUACCAAUGCCAUCCAUCCCAGCUUCAGUUCCACUAUAUGGGUUUGCCUUUGUCUGCUCUUAUUUGUUUUAUGGCUCCACAAAUGUAAGUACCUUUACCUUUGGGCAAUACUAUUCCUAAUUGCUCUGCUUCCUCUCUUCCUCUUACAAUUGGAUAAGUUUGUACAUCUUUUACAUUUGCGCCACUUUUUAUAACAUUUCCUUUUUCUUGUUCUUAUAUUUUAUCCAAAUUUAUCUCCCAAUUUUUUAAUUUAUUAUCUAUAGUAUAUUCAAAGGUACACUAAAGGGAGAAUUUUUAUCUUCCUUUUUUGCCCUUAUAUCUCUUUAAAAUUCCUAUUUUACCCUCCUUCCAUAUUUUUCAAUAUUUUUGGCCUUGGCAAUCACUUCAUACAACUCUUUACAAAAUUGCAUCACUUCGGAUAGACACAUUCUUUUGCAUUAUAACUAUGAAAUUUUCAAACAAUAAAUAUAAACCUUUCUACCUUUAUUUAGCCACAUCUCUUCAAAGAAUUUUAGAAUCAAGUUUUCUUUCUCUAUUUCAAAAGUUUUUUCGUUUUAAGGUGAGUUUCUUCAUCUUCUUUUUCUUUUGAAAAGAAAAAUAAUGAGUGAAGAUCUCUAGUAAAAAAGACCGAAAUAUAAAACAAUUGUUUUUGAGAUUUACUUGAGAUAUGAUAUCCAUAUUUAUAUAUAAAAAUUGGUAGAAUAAAUAAUUUUACUAAAUAUAUAGAUUGUGAAUCUCUAAAAUAUACCUAUUUGGUUAGGUAGUUAUUUUCAUAUUUCUUCUUGAUUUUAUUCUUGGUUCAUUUGACCAUGCAAAAUUAAUUAAUGUGAAGGAAAAGAGUUGCAAUUUCAAAUUUUAGGUAAGUAUUAUAUAUAAAUUUAUUUUUUUUUCAUUUAAUUUUACAUUAUUUUUUAUGUGAAAAUUUUUAAUGUAUUUUUUCACAAGAUUUCUAGCAAAUUCUAGCAAAAUUAAGCAUCACAACAUUCAUGAGGUUCAAAUUCCCCACCCCAUUUGUACUAAAAAAACAUCUCUUUGCAAUCAAGGUAAUGACCAAUUUCUA